AUGUCUCCGUCCCGUGGUGGUGCAACUGGCUUCUACGCAAUCGAGCAUGAGCUAGAGGCCUGGCACAAGAACCACUGGAACCAGGUUGCAAACGCUACUGAGACAGUUGUGGUGCGGUUCAAGAACAAGACCCUCACAGUCAAUGAUGUCAAAGGAAAUGACCUGCUUCUGGUCUACUCUGACACGUUCAUCAGGGUUCCGACCGCGGAGGCUUCAACGGCUGGCAUCAACUGGUUCCUCCUACCUACGGUUUUUGAUGUGUAUCAGUAA